AUGGACAGUGUGUUGGACGAGGUACGCAAGGCCGAGGAGCAGCACAUCGCGAAGAAGAACUCAAGACACCGAUUCACAAAAGCAAUGGGCACGGCUUGGACUACAGCCGUCAACAAGAUCAAUAAUUUUAGCACAACUAUUGACGUUCUGGUAUCGAGCCAUCCAGAAUACGCAGCACUCGUCUGGGGAUCUAUGAAGUUCCUGUUCUUGACUACUUUAGCAACCAUCUACAGUCAUAUCAUCGACUUUUGCACCCGGGCUCUGAGAUGGUAUAUUAGGACAAGAGGGAGCUUUCUUAAGAAAACGUGGGCGGCGAUCAAGGACCCAUGGGCUCUGGAGUUUGAUGAUGUUGUGCAUCAAAUACGACACGCAACUACGAGGAUACGAGAGCAGGCGGCGGUCGCCCAUCAAGCCGAGACGAGAUAUGUCAGCUCUGUCGUCUCGCAAGUACAGAAAGAGGUUCUGAAGUUGCAAAGAGAGAGGAGCGUGCCUAUUUCCUCUUCUGGGGCCCUGCUAGGUGGUGCUACUCUUUCGCCCCUAAGCCAGCCUUCAUUGCUCGGAAGAGCUCCUCUUGUGAUAAAAGAGAUGGCCAAAUACUUCUUAUCUGUACCGUUCAAGCCCGAGAAGGCUCUCGAUUUAGGAAAGACAUUGAGGGAUCGCCGACGGAUGCGAGGAAACCCCGUCCCAGACCAGCUCUGGACAUCAGCCAAGCUACGAGACUGGAUCUCUCAGCCGUGUUCGGCGCUUGUUCAAAUACAAGGGAACUUGGUAGCGGCAGAUGCUUCCCGGGACUUUGCCCUGGACAUUGUCGAGCUAGUGAAAGGGGCUGACCUACCUUUGGCUUGGUAUGUGAGUUCACAGUUGGAAAAGCCCAUGGAUAUCCCGGACAUCUGGCGCUCUCUCGUCUGGCAGGUUCUCGAGAAAAACUCGGACAGUUCCUCGUACAAGAACUUGACCGAAUCCAACUUCAACUCUUGUAUCACGGAAGAUGACUGGAUUCCCCUUCUUGUUGCUGUUUUAGCCGAGAUACCGCGGGCAGUUCUAGUCAUCGACUCUAACCAAGACGAACGGAAGAUUCGGGAGACCGUGAGGAAGUUUUGGAACACUUUCACUGAACGAAAGGUGACUACCAUAGUCAAGAUGCUCCUGCUGACCUACUCAAACCCCGGGGCGCCGAUGCCAAGCAUGCUGCCCAACGACGACGUGGAGUUUUACAGUCUGAAGAUGGGCCGUGAUAGGAGGCCCGGUAUGGCGAGGGCUUCAAUGUAUGGGAGCCCGAGGGGGCGAAGGCAGGUGGGCGGGCGACGGGGUGGGGGAGCGUCUCAGCUCAAGCCGUUCAUGGCGAAGCUAUUGGAGCAGGGGACAGUUGGAUCAGACAAGACAUGA